AUGGCGAUCCUGGCGCUUUUGUACGCACUCCCCAUUGCGCAAUCGACUUACAAGAACGUCGUUUCUGAAACGAAUUACAAGGGCGUACAAUGGCUGGAUGAGGGUAUUACUGUAACAAGUCACGUCCAUGAAUGGGAAAAGUAUCAAAGCUUUUGUUUCUAUGAGAAUGCAUCGCUUCAUAUUCGAAUGGAUCCAUUAAAUAGCACAUUACAGCCGACCGUGAUUCAAACACUGGGCCAAUCAUAUGAAGCCAAUGUACUAUUUAAUUUGAUCAAUACUACUUUAUGGUAUUUGCAGAGCUCUGCAUGGCCAUUGCGAUCUGUCUUUUGGGCUUGGAGUGAACUACGUGUUGUAGUGCAAAGUCCACAACUUGAAGAUUUGAGUUUCACGUUUGCGCGCACGCCAGGAUUGCUGUGUCGCACUGUGUUGAAAGCGGUGAAUUUGAUGCCAGUGUUUGGGCAACACAUGCCUUCGUAUGUGGUCGAUGUGGUGGAAAAGCUUCUUUACGUAGCAUCAAAACUCAACGUGGAAGACAAAAACUCGUGCAUACUGGAGCUCAGUCCGUAUCAUGCACCAUGCAUUACGGUGAUGGGACCGGCACAACCAUUCAUCGCGACGUCGCCGCCAAAGUUUAAUUUUGAUUUUACUUUCUUUACAUAUAUCUCAUGGCUGUACGCGCAGAAUUUUUUCCUAGGUAUGCUGCUAUUCUUUCUCUCCGGGUGGCUCUCGCGCUCUCGCACGUUUCACUACAUGCUGGGUGCUGCAGUGGGAGUGUUUUUCUCGGCAUUUCUGGCACUCUAUCUUUUCCAGCGUCAGGCUCGAAAUGCUACCAACAUAUUGCCUGGUGCCCAACUUGUUUCGUCAUUGGCUUCCGUGGCGACAGUUGCUGUUCCGGUGACUGGCUUUGUGAUUAUGCCUAACCUUUAUCGACUUGGAUCGUGGGCAAUCUCCUACCUGGUUUACGUGUGGAAUCGCGAAGUUCUUUUUGGCAUCCCGCAUCUGGGCAAGAUUUACUUUGCCUUUUUUGCUUUCUUUGGGUGUAUCCUUGUUUGGUGGUACCAGUGGGGAGCGUCGGCUAAGCCAGAGGUAGAACUACAGGAUGAAGAGGAGGUCGAGGAGAUUGGCAACCUGAAUGACGAACUGCCACCGCCGACGAACUUGCAACUCAUUAUAUCGCGUUUGCUGAAGUUAGUGGGCAUGACGUUGCUUUUUUACAGCACGUCUUCAACAGAAGCCUCUCUCUUGUUGAUUCUGCUCGUAUCAAUUACGCGCGUCUUUGAAAUCAUAGCAACCAUCGCGUACUUCUGGUAUCAUUUCGAAAAACCCGGUCGCCACAGUGCCUUGAUAUCGAAGUCAGAAUAUGAAAAGCAAGGCCAGACAGAAACGGAGAAGGCGCUGGCACAGUUGCAACAGUACUUGAAGGAGAACCCGGAUGAAUUGGAUAAGGUUCGAGAAGAUAAUGAAAUUCGUCUUCGGCGUUUUACCAGAGGACGCAAUCACUUGGAUACUGCCACACAGGAAUCGAUGCUUUCGCGUCAGCGCAACCAACGUUGUUCGAUAAGGUCGUACUGCUCCAUCCAGUAA